AUGUCUGCUCCUGGUGACUUGUUGAAUUUCAUUCCUGCCGAUGUUUUCUUCAACUCGGUAAAGGCAUCUGUUCCAUCUUACAAGACGCCUGUCAAAGCCAUUAAGGUCGAAUCCUCUGCUUUAACAGAGAAAACCAACAACCCUCUUCGAUACGCCGCUCAUAUUACUCUCCAAGGAGUUGAAGGCGAUGCUUCAACACACUGCCUCGUUCAGUUUGUAACCCCUCAAAUCUGGAGAAUCAGAUACAACCCAAAGUUCACUGGUGUCGGGGACUACCCGGAUACCAACUCACGCACAAUUGUGAGGAACCGUUUUGUAGAUCUCGUUGAUGACCUCCAGCAAGAAUACCGAGAUUGCGACGCGGGCAACAGCUACCAUGCACCGCAGAGUUGGUACUGGAACACAACGUUUGAACAGCUGUCUGGUGACCACUGGGUUCUCAGUGUAUGUAUUCUUGACCCAUUUAGGUGA